AGAAAACCACCGUUUCUGUGCCAAUAUUUUGACAGGAAAAAUGUUUGUCAUUCGGCCAUUCCAUUUGCUGCACAGAUGGCAAAAGGCUCGCAGUGACAGUGGGUAGACAAAGACGUUCUAAACGGGCGAGUGAAGCUAUCUAUGUGUCCCGCCCGUCACACAUAAACACACAGACACUGCUUGGGUUUCACGACGACUUGACGUUCGGUACAUCUCCGUGGAAGGUUGAAGUUCCCUCCGAGACAUCGCCGACAAGUCUUCCGCCAGGGCGGAAACUGACUCACGUGUCUACAUCUGUUCUAGGCGUCCCGGGACGUCUCGACUAGCCGUCGGGAGAAAGAGAAAACCCCGAACAUCUCACUGGGACAGGCGUCUGGAGGGAAUUGACUCUGCCCCUCCCCUGCCCGCAGGAGUUGGUACAUUCCAUUUUCAGGACCAGGUUGGCUACAGCGCCGCUCGGAUAGACGAGACGGCCGCAGACUGGUAACCGCCGCACACUGUGGAGCAUCUCGGUCCUACCCCGCUUGGAAUAACUACCGCAUCGCUUCAGAACUCCUGGCGGAGGAUGCGUUAGAGUCUCUGCGAGCUCACCAGCGAGGCGUAGCUCUGCGAAUUUAAUCUUCCAGGACUACUUGAUGAGAAUAACCGCAACGGCCAGGAGAUAGUGUUAGUUUCCCGUCUUCCAGGGCUUGUAGAAAGUUAGACGGGGCCAUGGGGACGUUAUGGGACGCGACGAGGAUACACCUCGCCAUCUUCCUACUAUUAGUUGUACAUGCAAAUGCUCAAUUUUCUAGAAAGAAAAGUUCGUCCUGCGACUGCCCUGAGGGUCCUGAGGGACCGGCCGGACCACCUGGGCCUCCCGGUUUACCUGGCAUGGAUGGAAUGAUGGGAAUGAACGGAGAGAGAGGACCACCUGGACCAAGGGGUGGACCGGGCAGCAAAGGUCCGCCAGGUCCCGCCGGAGGCACAGGAGAACCGGGAAUGCCGGGUCUGCUUGGUGAAGCUGGGGCUCCGGGGCCUCCGGGUGAGAUGGGUUCACGAGGUCCCCCCGGACCUGCUGGGCCACCGGGAGAAGCAGGAGAGCCUGGUAACGAGGGCAAGCCAGGCAUGAUGGGAAUGGCAGGCCCACCUGGACCUCAGGGACUGAUCGGACCCCCUGGCAAAACAGGUCAAUCAGGAGGACCUGGAAGUAGGGGACUGCCGGGUCCACCUGGUAACAAUGGCGGGCCAGGCAUGCCGGGAUUGAAAGGUCAUAGGGGAUUCCCAGGAUCACCAGGCCCACCUGGUCCACCAGGAAUGGUCGGAAGAGACGGCAAAGAGGGCAAGGAAGGCGAUGCUGGACCGCCUGGACCCGCUGGCCCAUCCGGCCGACCUGGAGACCAAGGACCCGCUGGAAAAUCUGGAAGCCCGGGUCGCCCCGGUAGUAUCGGACCACCAGGACCCCCUGGCAAUUCGGGUGAACGGGGAACCCCUGGACCUCCUGGCUUCCAAGGAGCACCGGGCAUGGCUGGAAAAGCAGGCAUCCAAGGAAAAACCGGAAAUGACGGUGCCCCUGGAGCCAUUGGUCCACCAGGACCACCAGGACAACGUGGCAUUGGAAUGCCAGGACCACCUGGACCUCCUGGAGAAGGGAAACCUGGGAAGGACGGUGAUAAAGGAUCAGCUGGAUUGCCGGGCAGACCCGGAAUGCCGGGAAGACCGGGACCACCAGGUAACCCUGGACAGUCGAAGGAAGGUCCAGAAGGCCCACCUGGUCCACCUGGCCCAGCCGGUUUAGGAAGAAGAGGACCCCCCGGUCCACCUGGACCCCCAGGAGCGAUGAGCCAAGCAGCACGGCAACCUGGUCCCCCUGGCCUGCCCGGCGACAGAGGCAGACCUGGGCCGCCUGGCGAGCAGGGAUCGCCCGGACCAGCAGGACUACCUGGUCGUGGCAUCAAGGGGCACCAAGGUAUGCCGGGGAUGCCCGGCCAACAGGGACAACCAGGACCGCCAGGACCACCUGGAAUCGGAGAAGAAGGACCUCCAGGAAAACAAGGAAAGGAAGGUGAACCGGGUAUUGGUAUGCCCGGCGAGCCAGGACAAAGAGGUCCACCUGGUCCCUCAGGAAAGCUCGGACGCCCCGGUCAGCCCGGACCGCCAGGACCUCCCGGUAUCGGACAGCCUGGAAAUGAUGGACAGGCAGGCCCACCUGGUCCACCUGGAUCUCCUGGAUUCCCAGGCUCACCUGGUGAGGGAAAGAGAGGUUCACCUGGAAGAUCAGGCCAACCUGGACCACCUGGACCACCAGGAGCUGCAGGAAAACCAGGAAUAGGAAAACCAGGCCGCACAGGAGAGCCAGGACCUCGAGGAGACAAGGGUGAUGAUGGCGUGGGCACCCCUGGCCCACGUGGUCCCCCAGGUCUCCCUGGUCUUCCAGCUCCAGCUGUAGACCUAUCAGCUCUUGCAGGUGCACUUGCCAAGCAGAUGCCAAGUCCGAAGGGAAUACGAGGACCACCCGGUCCACCAGGUUCCCCCGGCUCACCAGGAUCAGGAGGACGCGGUUCACCCGGCCCUCCAGGAGAACCAGGACCUCCUGGGCCCAUGUCACCCGCAGGAGCAGGUGGGGGACCCCCAGGCCCAUCUGGCGCACCAGGCCCACCUGGUCCACCUGGCCCGUCUGGACAGGGCAUGCCUGGCCCAUCCGGCCCCCCUGGACCACUUGGCCCGCCUGGACCCGGAGGACCUCCCGGACCACCUGGAACUGGACUCAAGGGUGACCGUGGUCCCCCUGGCCCCCCUGGAGGAGACGGUACUGGCCCAGGCCCUAACGGAGGGCCGGGACCCAAAGGAGAUCCCGGACCAGGGGGACCCCCCGGACCAGGAGGACCUCCAGGACCUAAUGGACCACCUGGACCACCUGGACCAUCAGGAAUUGGAUUGCCGGGACCGCAAGGUCCACCUGGCCCUGGAGGACCACCAGGACCGCAAGGCGUCGGACUGAAGGGUGACCCAGGCCCCAUCGGCGGGCCAGGGCCUCAGGGACCACCUGGUCCACCAGGUCUACCAGGGAUUGGAGAGAAAGGAGACAUUGGCCAGCCGGGAGAACCAGGGGAACCUGGCCAAAGGGGCCCCAGAGGACCUCCAGGAAUCGGACAGUUGGGACCACCCGGACCAGCAGGACCUGGUGGACCUCCAGGACCUCCUGGUGUUGGCGUAAAGGGUGAGGCUGGACCACCUGGCUUCCCUGGAGCUGCCGGACCUCCUGGACCCGGCGGACCACCCGGAGUUGGCACACAGGGUCCGCCAGGUGCCCUCGGCCCACCUGGUCCUGCUGGACCACCAGGAGCACCAGGCCAGACAGAUGGUCCUGGGACAGUCGGCCCCCCUGGGCCCCCAGGACCUCUAGGUCCCCCUGGAACGCCAGGACUUCCCGGUGUUGGACUGAAGGGAGAACCAGGAGCUGGCGGACCUCAGGGACCACCAGGUCCUCCUGGUGUUGGACUAAAGGGAGAGCCAGGUGUAUUAGGACCCCCUGGACCUGCAGGACCUACAGGUCCACCCGGACAGGGCAUACCUGGUGACGCAGGACCUCCCGGUCUGCCCGGUCUCCCUGGCGCUAGGGGAUUGCCCGGUUUGGACGGACUGCCCGGACCUGUCGGACAAGGAGGGUUCGAUUUGCUGACCCGCCACAGCCAAACGGACCAGAUUCCCAACUGCCCCGAAAAUAUGACCAAGGUCUGGGAUGGAUACAGUCUGCUUCAUGUGGAAGGCAAUGAGCGAGCUCACGAUCAAGAUUUAGGCCGCCCUGACUCCUGUCUACCGAGGUUCGGCAUCUUGCCAUUCUUCAGCUGCGAGCCGGACGAUGUCUGCAAGUACGGCUACAGGGACGACAAGACCUACUGGCUCUCCACCAUCGAGAGGUUCGAACAACAGCCCCGAGUGCCGGCUGAGGGAACGGACAUCCGACAGUACAUCAGCCGCUGUGCAGUGUGUCUGACAACAAACCUGGUGUUAGCCUUCCACAGUCAGCGGGCCUCGGUCACCCCAGACUGUCCGGAGGGUUGGAGGGGAAUCUGGACUGGAUACAGCUUCCUUAUGCACACCGCUGCAGGAGAAGGAGGGGGUCAACCACUAACCAGCCCCGGAAGCUGCUUGGACCACUUCCGGUCUGCACCAUUCAUCGAAUGCGUUAGCGAUGUCUGUGACGUGUCGUCCAACCAGCUCAGUUUCUGGCUCAUCGGGAUCCCCGGUGGAGAGAGGGAACAAUUCAACCAGCCGCGCAGAGUCGUGGGCAGCUUAGAGGUUCUCAGGCAAAGAAUAAGUCGAUGCAGGGUCUGUGUUUACAACGGUGGACUGUACGAAGAUAUCGUUGCUAAGGAAGCUCCUCCUGGUGUAACUGCAACUGGUGUUUUUAACUUUGGCGGCUGAUUUUGAUCGUCAUGACAAAUUAUUUAUAAUCAAAUGUUGUCAGUUCUGUUAAUUUAGUAAAGAUAUUUAGAGGACGUUUUAAUACAGUGAUUGAUAAGUUUUCAAAUUUGAAACCGCAUGUCAUUUUGACAAAAGAAAUUAUUAUAAUGAUUAUGUCCCCAAAUAACUAAUGGUGCUAUAUUGUAUUAUUGAAUAUAAUGGCUAUUGGAGACAAUGACAAUUGUCGUGGUGGUAUCGUACAUUUAACAUACAAUACAGUCGUAAGAAAAUAAGUCAUGGUCCUAACAUAAAUGCUUUUAAAACUCCUUACGUUUUCGACCAAUUAUGACCAAAGAAUUCUGACAGCUAUAGUCAGCAAAUGGACUCAAGGAGGUCUUGUGAAUUUCAAAACUUCGUUUUAUACUUUUGCAUGUCUGGUUCAAUGUGAUUAUUUUCUUGCUCCUAUUCAGUGCAUACACUUAAAUCCAAUGUACAUGUAUAAAGUAUUUAACGAAUAUGUAGAACCUUAGUCUAGUACAAAAUGACGGUUUGAUUCGCGAACAAUGUAAGCAUAUUCAUUGUGGAUUGAACAAAAUAUUAGAAUUGUCAAUUAGAGGAAUUGUCCUCAUGUAUAAUUAUGAUAAUGGACAUAACCGCAUGUGAAUGCACUUUUGUUUCGGAUGACUGUUUGUAGUAUUUUUUUUCGAUAUGCCUAUUUACAUGUUUGUCUAUAUACAAUAUUCGAAAACGUCUUCGAUGAUGCUAACGACCGUUCAUAAGCAGAAAAUGCCUUAAAGAUACCAAUAUGACUUUUCUGUUGCUUUUCGGUGUAAAUUUCUACGACAGUCUCCAAUGGAAGGUGCCAAUCGUAACCAGUAACGCAGGUUUCACUUAUAUUAUAGACAAUAUAAUUUAUAUUUUAUUGAAUUAUUAGACACUGUGAUUUACAUUUUAACGAGUAUAUGAUAAUUUUUCUUAUGAUAAUGUAACGGGCUUAAAAUGGUAAAAUGAAUUUUGAAUUAUUGAGAAGGCGAUUAUUGUAUGGGUAUAUUGAGCAAGAGGGUAUAAAGGAUAUGCUUAAGUGACUCUUUCGUUUCAUCUAUCAAUGAUAUAUAAAACAUGUAGCCAAAUUGCGUAGGCCUAAUGUCAAUCAUGGUCGACAGCAAUGCCAAAUUUGCCUUAAUGGGUUUGGUGAAACAACCUGAUCUUUUUUGUCUUUCGGAUACAUUCGCUGCAAAUGUCUGUAACUUUGUAUCAUUGUAGUUUGUAUGUCUACAUUUGAAAAUAUAAAUAUCUAUCAGUAGCA